AUGGCGUCCUGGACGGUGGCGUCCGUGCUAGCCGGCAAUCCGCCCUGGAAAUUGCAAGCUGAGAUCCUCGCCGAAAUUUACCACUUCGUAGCGGCGAGAAGAUCCCGGGGGGAGCCGCCGACGUUGGAGGAGAUAGUACACAUGCGAAGGCAGGCGCAGGAUACCCUGUUGCGGCGGUGGACAGAGGACCUCUCCCCGCCGGUAUUUUCCGGACACGGGUGCUUCGGUAAGUACCUGCACCAAAUCACGAGACAGAAGGCGACUCCAGCCUGCCACAAGUUUGGGGUGCCAGAAGAUACGGCGCUCCACACGCUGGAGGUGUGCGCCGCGUGGGACUCGCAACGGCGCGCGCUUUCGGCGGUCCUCGGACGGGAUCUCUCACUGCCUAGCAUCGUCGCUAAGCCAUGCUCGACAGCAAGAGAUCGUGGCAAGCGGCGGUCUCCUUCUGCGAAGAGGUAA